GUGGCCCUAACCCGUAUAGUUUUUGGUUGUCGCUCGACCUCAAAAGCAGUUUUCGUCGCGACGAGGAUAAUAAUUCUCGUAGCUAUUCCCUGCAUUUGGCGCGAGCGGCAACCAACAAGCAACGCCUACGUCCUCCGACCAGCUCAUUCUCCGCUCACCAAAUCACCACCCCACCACACAAUGUCGUCCUCACGAGGCGCGAAGCGCCUGCCGCCCAGCAAGAGACUGAAAUAUCUUUCUGUCAGCAACCCGCGAGAACAGGUGAAAGGCCAGACCAACAGUCAAAUGAACAAGGCGGACCCCUGCACGCUGCUUAUGUCGGAGCUGUUUUCGUGCUGGGCCGGUACGGCGCUGAAUUCGCCGGAGUGCGCCAAGUUGGAGGUUAAGAUGAAGGCGUGCUAUGAUAACAGCAAACUGGGAGUGAAAGGCAAGUCGACGUUCAACUACCAUGCCGCCCGGUUAUUCCCCAUUCUGCAGCGAAAACCUCACGACUAGAUUCUCGUGCAAGUCAUUUCUCAGAUAUAUUUUUUAUUUUACGCUUUUUUCUCCGUUUUAUCUUUUGUCGUUCUUGUACAUAUGCGCGAUUAAAAAUUUACAUUAUCAGAAUUACUUUGGAGA